GACGACCGGCUGGCCGACCACAAACAAAAAAACUCGGACCUGCGGCGGCCGCAGUCGCCGGCGUGCACGCCAGUCUUGGCAUCACAAACUGUCAACUUGGCAUCACACACUCCCUCUUCUUCAACAGCAGCAGCGAUGCUCACCACAACACUCGCACUCGCGGUGCUCGCCUCGCGCGCGGCGGCGCAAGCCUCCCCGUCACCGACAUACUCCCCACCCCCAGCGUCGUCGGGCACAACCGCCAGCCCGGCGGGCUCGCCCAACGCCCAGUGGUCGACAGUGCUGGGCAACACGCUGUGGUUCUACGACGCACAGCGCAGCGGCCGCCUCGGCGCCGGCGCGUACGGGAACCGCGUGCCAUGGCGCAACGACUCGUCGUUGCAGGACGGCGCCGACUGGAACCUCGACCUCACGGGCGGGUGGUACGACGCGGGCGACUACAUCAAAGCGACGUUUCCCCUCGGCUACACCAUGUUCUCCCUCGCGUGGGGCGCACUGUCCUACGGGCCGGGGUAUGACGCUGCCCACCAGACGCCAUACCUCGACGGCACGCUGCGGUGGGGGUACGACUGGCUGAUGAAGGCGCACCCUUCCGACGACGUGCUCUUCGUCCAGGUUGGCGGCAACGACGCAGACCUCGCAUACUGGGGCGGCGACCAGAACAUCCCCCAGCCGCGCCAGGGAUACCCCGUCAACGCGAGCCACCCGGGCACUGACGCGUGGGCGUCGACCGCGGCCGCGUUCGCGCUCGGCUCGCUGGCGUACUCUGGCAGCCAGUGGAACACCUCUGGCUCGGCACACGCGCCGGCGUCGCUUGCCAACGGCACGUACGCUGGCCUCCUCCUCCAGCACGCCGAGUCGCUGUACAAGACGGCAAAGGGCACCACCCCGCUCGCGACUUACUCCCAGUCCGUGCCGCAGAUCAAGGCCGCCUACUCGAGCUCAGGAUAUGGCGACGACCUGACAAUCGCGGCGCUCGCGCUUGCUGCUGCGACCAACUCGUCGGGAUACUACCAGGACGCGUACAACUACUACCAGCAGUACGCGCUCAGCGGCAAGCGUCAGGUGUGGAACUGGGACUCGCGCUCGCCGGCUGCCUUUGUGCUGUUCGCUGAGAUCGCCAACGCGCGCCCCGGUAUCGCACAGGCUGCGGGUCUUUCGACCAACCUUACCGGAUGGCAGACGGAGACCGAGGCAUACCUCGACAGCAUUGUCAACGGCAAGCAGGGCUACCUCACCAAGGGCGGCCUGCUGUACUACCCCGGCGACUCGGACGAGGCGUCGCUCAACCCCGCCGUUGCCGCCGCGACCCUCAUGCUGCGCUACGCGCCGCUCGCGUCCUCGUCGGACAAGGCGGCGGCGUACAACAGCUUUGCAAAGGGCCAGAUCGACUACCUCCUCGGCAACAACCCCAUGUCGCGCGUGUACAUUGUCGGCCAGCACCCCAACUCGCCCGAGAACCCGCACUCGGCCCUCGCUGCGGGCGGCACUAACCUCAACAACAUCCGCAACGACCCCCCGACCGAGGCGUACUUGCUCUACGGCGCCAUGCCCGGCGGCCCGCUCAAGAGCGACAAGUUCUGGGACUACCGCGACGACUGGGUCCAGACUGAGAUUGCCCUCGACUACAACUCGAACCUGCCUGGCAUUGCCGCGUUCCAGAUCGUCAACGGCUCAGCCGACCCGUACUAUGUCAGCCUUGCCGCCAACUCGUUCACCACGCCCGGCGGCAAGCCGUGCGACGCCGCCCUCCCGUGCGGCAGCAGCCUCUCGGGCGGUGCCAAGGCCGGUAUCGCCAUUGGGGUCAUCGUCGGUGUCGCGCUCAUCGUCGCGGCCCUCGCCUUCUGGCAGCGCGAGCGUAUCCGUCGCUGGCGCAGGGGACAGCGCUUCUCUGCCAAGUAAGACGGGUCGUUUGUGUAGAAUAGUCGUCGGUUGUCGCACAUAGUAUCAUUCAGACAUUACAGGACUUUGAUGCAUUACAUACAGAGUGAGGUGGUGGGAAUGUGUGUGCAGGAAGUGUGGUGCUUGCGGAGUGAGCCUUGCGAAUGAAUGAGGAUGAGAGUCGCUUGCCGAAUGCGGUUUGCUAGCUGGUGGUCGUGGUCUGGGCGACACCCCAGCCCUCGACACGCUUGUCGCCCGCCCAAACGGUAUGUCCGGAUGGCUUGGUCUCCAGCGGCGCGGCCUUGGGCGCAGCACCGUCUCCCAUCUCGACGUCCCCAUCGGCAGCAGCGGCGGUGGCGGCGGCAGCAGGCUCUGCGGCCUUCGGAGGCACCAUCUCGCGCUGGUGGAACGGUGCGCGGACGCGGCGCAUCUUGGCCCUACACUUCGCGCGCACCGGGCCGUCGACGCCGUCCUCAGGCGGGACGCCAGGCGGGGCAGGGAUGGCCGAGUGCGCCGAGCACGCGAGACAAGUGACUGUCGUGACGUUGCCGUGCGUCUUGCUCG